CUUUGCAGCCUUACGUGGCAAACCCAGCUGGGAUGAAGCUCGGUCAGUGUUGAGUGUUAGAAUGUUGUUUUGAAAUUACGUGAUUAUACACGAAAUAAGAUUCUGUAUUAUUGAACAUGAAUUCCCAGUAUAUACCACAGCAACCUCCUCAAUAUGGAGCUUCACCAGGAUCAGGGUUUGGGCCCCCUCAAGGUGGAUAUGCUCCUCAGGGACCCAACAAACCAGCCCCAAAUCAAAGUGGUUUUCAACAGCCACCACAAAUGGCUGGGCUACAGAGAGGGGGCCCUCCUCCAGGACUGGUGCGAGGAAAUCUUCCUCCUUCUGGUUCUCCUAAUAUUUCUCAUUCUGUGCCAAAUGGGCCUUCUCAUGGACCUCCAAAUGUUCAAGGACCUCACAUGCAAGGAAUGCCAAAUCAAAGGGCACUUGCAAAUCCAGGUUUUGGACCAGCAAAUUACCACGGUCCAGGAGGUCCCCCAAUGGGUCAUCCUGGCCCUCCAUCGCAGCCUCCACCAUCAGGCCCUCCACCCAUGCAGCCACAUCCAGGAAGUGGACCUGGAGCACCUCCAUCACCAAGCCUCAACCAGAUGACUGCUCAGAUGGCAGGAAUGAAUAUUGGUGGACCUCCAAGAGUGCCUACAUCAAAUUCAGGUUUACCUAAUGUUCCAAACAAAGCUGGAAUGACUCCACCAGCAAGCAGUCUUUCCAAUAAUUACCCUGGUGCUAUAAAUGGAGGUCCUCCACCUGCUCAGGGUCCACCAGCAGAGAGACUCCCUGGGAAGCAAUAUGUAAAUGGUUCAAUGGGUCCUCCCCCCAUCUCUGGAGGGGGGCCUAUGCCCCCUCACAUGGCUCCUCACGGUGGACCACCUCAUGGAAUGGGACCUUCCCCACAUUUUGGUGGUCCUCCUCAGCCUGGUGGCAUGCCAUCGCUAUCACAAGGUGGUAUGCCUCCACCACCUGGUGGCAUGAUGCCACCACAGAAUAACUUGCCGCCUCAUCCUGAAGGCAUGCCUCCCCCACGAGGUGGAAUGCCUCCGCAAGGUGGCAUGCCUCCACAAGGUGGAAUGCCUCCGCAAGGUGGCAUGCCUCCGCAAGGUGCCAUGCCUCCGCAAGGUGGCAUGCCUUCACAUGGAAGCAUGCCCCCUCCACCAGGGACCAUGGGUGGAAUGCCUUCACAUGGUGGACCUCUUCAGGGCAACAUGCCUCCACCAGGAAGAAUGCCUUAUCCCCAACCUGGCGUACCCCCGCCUGUGGAUACAUACCAGGGCAGCAUGAGUGGACCUACCAGUGGUCCAUAUGGCUCACAACAGAAUAUGGGCUCAGCUCAAGUGCAAGGUCAUAAUUAUUCUCAACCACCACAGUCACAUCCCAGUAUGCAAUCUCAACAAGCAAGGAGGCUAGAUCCUGACCAGAUGCCUAGUCCUAUCCAAGUUAUGCAAGAUGACCAGAGAAAUAGGUCAGGCAUUUUUUACACAAAUCAAAAGGGACAAGUUCCUCCACUGGUCACUACCAAUUUUGUUACUCAGGAUCAAGGAAAUGCUGGGCCCCAUUAUAUACGAAGCACGAUGUACAAUAUUCCUGCUACUAUUGACAUGAUGAAACAGACAGCAGUGCCAUUUGGAUUGGUACUGUGUCCUCUUGCAAGAACAGCAGAUGAGGAAUAUCCCCCACCAAUAGUUGACAUGGGUGAAUUGGGUCCAGUUCGUUGCAUUCGCUGUAAGGCUUACAUGUGUCCUUUCAUGCAGUUCAUUGAUGGUGGAAGAAGAUUCCACUGUCUUUUCUGCAAAGCUACUACAGAAGUUCCAGCUGAAUAUUUUCAACAUCUGGAUCAUACUGGACAACGCGUUGAUCGUUUUGAGAGACCUGAAUUGACAUUUGGAACAUAUGAGUUUGUUGCCACAAAAGAUUAUUGUCGGAAUAAUACAUUCCCUAAACCACCUGCAUUAAUUUUCCUCAUUGACGUUUCAUAUAACAAUAUAAAAUCUGGAAUGGUUCACCUCUUGUGCAAAGAAAUGAAAGACAUUUUGAAGUUACUGCCCAAGGAUGCUGGUGCUAAGCAAAGUGUAAUGCGUGUUGGUUUUAUCACAUACAACAAUACUGUACACUUCUAUAAUAUUAAGGGCUGCUUAGCACAACCUCAAAUGAUGGUUGUUGGAGAUGUGCAAGACAUGUUCAUGCCGUUGUUGGAAGGUUUUCUGUGUGAUCCAUCUGAAUCAGAAGCUGUUAUUGAUAGUUUAAUGGAACAAAUUCCUGCAAUGUUUGCUGAUACGAGGGAAACUGAAACUGUUCUUGCUCCUGCCAUUCAGGCAGGCUUGGAAGCUCUUAAGGCCUCUGAAUGUGCAGGAAAACUCCUUGUUUUCCAUUCAUCAUUGCCCAUUGCUGAAGCACCUGGGAAGCUUAAGAACAGAGACGAAAGAAAACUUUUGGCCACUGAGAAAGAAAAAACUGUACUUGCACCACAAGUUACUACUUACAAUAACCUUGGUCAAGAUUGUGUUGGGGCUGGAUGCAGUGUAGAUUUGUUUGUUUUCAACAAUUCGUACAUUGAUAUUGCUACAAUUGGACAAGUUUGUCGUUUAACUGGAGGUGAAAUUUUUAAAUACACAUAUUUUCAGGCUGACUUAGAUGGCGAUCGCCUGAUAGCUGACAUAAAGAACAAUAUUAGUCGCCCUAUAGCAUUUGAUUCUAUAAUGCGAGUGCGAACAUCAACUGGAGUUCGAGCAACUGAUUUUUAUGGUCAUUUCUUUAUGUCUAACACUACAGAUAUGGAACUGGCUUCAAUUGACUGUGAUAAAGCAGUUGCUGUUGAAAUUAAGCAUGAUGAUAAACUGACUGAAGAAGAUGGGGUGUAUGUUCAAGUAGCUUUGCUGUACACGUCAUGUGGAGGACAGCGGCGAUUGAGAGUUCUGAAUCUUUCUUUUAAGACAUGUUCACAGAUGGCUGACUUGUAUCGAAGUUGUGACUUGGACAGUAUUGUGAACUUUUUCUCAAAACAAGUUGUAUUUCGUCUGCUUGAGUCCUCUCCAAAACAAGUAAAAGACAGUUUGGUUAAUAGAUGUGCCCAAAUGCUAGCAUGCUAUCGUAAAAAUUGUGCUAGUCCAUCAUCUGCUGGGCAACUUAUUCUUCCUGAAUGCAUGAAAUUGCUACCAUUGUAUGUUAACUGCAUUUUGAAGAGUGAUGCUGUGUCAGGAGGCUCAGAUAUGACAAUAGAUGAUCGUUCAUUUGUUAUGCAAGCAGUUUCAAUUAUGGAUCUCCCUUCCUCUGUGGUCUAUUUCUAUCCAAGACUCAUUCCAUUACAUGACAUUGAUGUGGACAGUAGUGAUAUACCAGCUCCCAUUCGCUGUACUGCAGAUAAAAUCAGAGAUGAAGGGGUGUAUUUGCUGGAAAAUGGUGUCCACAUGUUCCUUUGGAUUGGCCUAAAUGUUGGAAUGGAUUGGGUGCAGAAUGUAUUUGGUGUUCAUUCAGCAGCACAAAUUGACAUUGACCGUACAGCAUUACCUGAGUUAGACAAUCCAUUGUCGCAAAGAAUAACUUCUCUUGUAAGCACAGUUAGACAACAGAGGCAUAGAUCCAUGCGACUAACACUUGUUCGGCAGCGAGACAAACUGGAAAUGGUGUUUAAGCAUUUCCUAGUAGAAGAUCGCGGCUUUGAUGGGUCUGCUUCCUAUGUGGACUUUUUGUGUCAUAUGCACAAGGAGAUUCGCAACCUUCUCAGCUAGAAGUUAAUUGUCAAAUAGUUAAAAUUUCAUAAUCCCUGUACAUUGUAUUUUAUAAUUACUUACUCAUUAACAUUUGUAAGAGAUGAGUGUGAAUUUACACAUACGCUCUUUUGGCAACAUGUGAAGGAUCCAUAUAUACAAACAUAUACUUAAACUACAUUCCGAGUUUCAUCAGGGAUGUACUUGUGCAUCUGUUUCACAUAAGUGAAAUCAUAAGAGAAUUACUGUGUGCAAGAUGUAGGUGUAAUUGUAUCCAUGAGGAAAAACUACACGUGGACUAUGAUAGAAUGAGCAGAGAUGUAUUAAUUUAAUUUGAGAGUAAUUGUGAAGUGUUACUAGCAUUGUGAUUUGAAUGUAGGUGUAUCUCAUUGAACAUCUAUAUUGGUUGGUAAUUUUCAUUCUUUGGGGUUGUUGAUCUGAGGAAAUGUAGUUCAUUUCUAUAAUGGAGUAUACAUUGUGUAGCAUUUCCUCCCAUGGAUUGAAACCAUUAAAUGCAAAUAAAAUGGAUUGUUUACUCUAUUCUAAAAUGUACACUUUAAAUAUUUGGUUGAAUCAAAUUUUUGUCAUAAAUGGUUUAUGGUAUUGGUGAUUUUUUGCAUAUAAUGUCAUUUACCAAAUUAUAGUAUUAGAAUGGCAUACGAUUUGAGGCAUUUUCUUUCUUUUAAUUGAGCAGAGUGAGUUUUUAUCUUUGUUUUUUAUUUGUAUUUUUACAAUACAUUUAUAAUCCAUUUUAAAUAUUGAAAAAUGAGAAAUAUGGAUAUAUUUUUGUGGUAAUAUUCUGCAAAAUCUGUUGUGUAUUUGUGAUGAAAAGAAAACACUCUACUUAUUUUAUUUUUGAGGGCAUAUGGUAAAAAGUAUUCCUAAUAUGUUGAAAAAGGUGAAAUUCCGAAAAUAAAAUACAAUGUAUUUCAAGGCUGUAACUGUUGCACCCAAACAAAAAUGUGUAUUUUUUUUCCUGAAUUGAUCCGAAAAGCAAUGUUUCUUUCUCCCUCCCCACUUUUUUCUCUAGAUAAUAAAUUUCUUUCUAUGGAACUUAGCUUUGUCAAUUUAUUGCCAUCUUACUUUGCUUAAAAGUAAUUGUGAAGAGAUUCAUGCCCAUGUGAACGUGUGGCAUUUAAUUCCUUUCACUUGUUUUGACUUUACAAAUUCUGUUUUCUCGUAACUCUUGGUUACAAAAAGUUCAUUUUUAUAAUAACUUGUAAAGUUUGGAACAAAAUUUCAAUCUGAAGUUAUCUUUGAAAAAAUUACUUUUAAAAGAAAAAAAAAAUGUUCAUGAUUGAAGUAUUACAUUAUUUUCUGAUUUAUUUUAAUUUAUCCACUCUUGCAAAGUAAAUUUUUAUGUAGCAUUCUACAGCUUUGAACUACAGCUUUUCAAAAAACAUUUUCAUGAUGUAAGUAGUUGUCAUUGAUGACACACAUCGAUAUUUAACUCAAGUUGUUGCAUCAUCUUUUGUCCUCAAUGAGCCUUUGAAGAAUGUCUGUUUAUGUGCAUGUUAGGGCUGUAUUGUAUAUAAAUGAAAUAAUACAUUGUAGUUUAAUAUAUAUGUGUUAUAUUUUUGAACUUAAUAAUAUAUUCAACACCAUAAAUCAAAACUACUCUUAAUUUUGGAAGUUUCCGUUUUAGAUUUGGAUCGUACUAGAAUUUAGUGGUUUCAUACGUUACUUGCUAUAGCUUUUAUUUAUAACCAAGAUUUUUUCUUGUGUGUGUGUGUGUGUGUGUGUGAAGGGGAGGCAUUCUCAAGUUAGUGUUGGAUAUCUCAUUUAGUAUUUGAAGAUGUGCAUCUGUGAUUGUGUGAAUAAAGUACUUCUGUUUUGAUGGGGGAAAAUGCCAUGGGGUGCUUGCUAUUAGUGACAAAAUUGUGGGACAUUUUCAUAUUGAGGUUUAUUUCAUGGUGCAAGGCCGCAGGUCCCUAUUACUAUAAACCAUUUAUAAUGGGACACCUGGCUUAACACCACUUCCACUUUAGUACUCUCAAAGAGAGUGUUCUUUGACUCAUAAAAGUGAAGGGUUGGUGUGAAUUUCUAGGAAGUGUUAUUUAGAGAUACAGGUUGGUAUCAUUAAUGAAGAGUACAUAUUGAAGUUUGUUUUAUAUGAUCCUCGGACAUGGUUGCAUUUUAGUUCUAUUUUUAUAUGCUCCGCUCCUCAAAAAAUCAAAGAGCAUUGUUGUUCUGUUUAUUUGUUACAGAGAUAUAAAACUAACCCAUAUUUAAAACAAAAAAAUAGAAAUUGACAAUGCAGAACACACAAGUUACAAAUCAAUAAUGGAAUGUAUCAUAAUGAAAAUUGUCUUAAGAGACAUGUAAUUCUGAAGAUAUAAAGAAUUGAACAUAUAACUGUCAUUGGCUUCCAAAUGAUAGUGAUGCACAAAUAUCCUUACAUAAAUCGUUAGAUAGGAAACAUUUAGGUCAUCAGAAGAUGUCUUUAAUUUACUCUAGUUUCAUACAUUCCACUCGUGAGAAAUAAACCAAGCCAAGAAUUCUGAAAGAGUGAUUUAAUGAUUACAUUUAAACUGUUUUUCAUAAUUUUUGAAAAUGUACUAAAAUUACUCUAUGUACUUGGUAUCCAUUUCAUAUCUGAAAAUGAAAAAAUAUGCUGUUAGUCAUCCAUACACUACAUAACGCUAAAGAGGGGGAGGGU